AAUAAACAAAGGAAGAAAAAUAGAAUCCUAUAUUAGUAACAGAGUCCGUCUUAUUUCCAUUUCACCUCUCGUCGUUCCUCACAAAAAUUCUUCUGCCUUCUUUCUAGAGUCAACCCGAACCAGAAACGGAACCUGACCCACUCGCUUUGAAUCUUAACGUACAACAACAGCAGCAAUGAACCCGAAUCACCAACCCGAAUCGGACCUUCCUUUACCUCAACUCUCAUCCCUCCGUAUCCGGCCCUCCUCCUCCCCUUCCCUCACCACGCAAACACCCACAUCCACCGCUCAACGGCGCAUCGCAAUCGCCGUUGAUCUAAGCGACGAAAGCGCCUAUGCCGUCAAAUGGGCCGUGAAUAACUACCUUCGCCCUGGCGACGCCGUCAUCCUCCUUCACGUCCGUCCAACCUCCGUUCUUUAUGGAGCAGACUGGGGUUCCAUCAAACUCCACAUUAAUGAUGAUGAAAAUGACAAUAAUACGCCUCUCAGCGAAAGGGAUCAGCAAAAGCUGGAGGAUGAUUUUGACAAUUUCACAGCAACAAAAGCUAAUUCAUUGGCACAGCCAUUAUUGGAUGCAGGAAUACCGUUUAAAAUACAUAUAGUGAAAGAUCAUGACAUGAAAGAAAGGCUGUGUUUGGAAGUAGAGAGAUUGGGAUUAAGUGCAGUGAUAAUGGGAAGUAGGGGUUUCGGAGCAAGCAGAAGGAGUAGUAAUUUGAAUGGUAAAGGGAGGCUAUUAGGGAGUGUUAGUGAUUAUUGUGUUCAUCAUUGUGUUUGUCCUGUUGUUGUUGUUAGGUACCCAGAUGAUGAAAAUGAUGUUGCUGGGGGUAAUUUUGGAAAAGAUGAGGUUGCUGAUCUUCAUCCAGUGCCUGAAGAAGAUGACCAAGAAUAUCAUGAUGCUUCUGACGAGCAUACAGAUGCUUAACAACUGCUCAGGGCAAUGACCAGAUCCCCAAAUUCAGGUUGAGGUCGUAAUAUUCGAAGAACUAUAAGAAGGAUUUCAUGUGAUUUUUCUUGUUGGUGAGGGAUUUUUGGCUUGUAUAUAUGGAAUUUGGUAGCAGUGUUGAUUUACAUAUCUAAUGUUUCUUGUAGUGUCAAUUGUGUUGCUGCAUGUCCGCAUGGUUUCUCAGUUGCUGAGCCACUGAGAAUGCUACUAGCUUUUUCAUAGCAUUACUAUGUCCCGCCGGAAUUUGCUUCUCGAUUGUAACUUGUAUAAAUUCAUUUACAGCUUUGCAUGAUGUUAUUUACACAACUCUUUGGCGUUUGCAUCAAGAAAUUGGCUAUGCACUCUGCAUGAUUGCUGAA